GGUGGCUGAUCCAGAUACGGAGGGGCCAGAUCACCUACCUAAUGUUCGAUGUACCGAAUGUUACAUUCUCUGUUUAAGUGCAACAUAAUGGCUUUCGAAUUGUGGAUAGGUAUGAGCUGAAAUUUAAAAGGCUGUGGAGAUGUCGGAAGAAUCAUGGAACCGGAUUUCCACUUCAUCCAAAGGGGCUCCGGAGUCCACCUCUAUUUCUUAUGCCUUCAACGUCGAUUUGCGAUCCCAGCAUUUCUUGGCUCAGUCUUUCUUGCCUACAACAACCAUUCGCAAGACUAGCACACUACACAGAACAAUUGCGGUUUGCUCUGCGGCCUCUAGUCCUGCCGGACACGCCAAGCUUCCAAUCAUGUGAUCGAAGUGGGGACCAUUUCCCGAAAGGUCUGACUUCAUCCGAAUACCGCCCCCCUCGCAGCACUGAAGGGCAGUACGGUAAUCGUCUCCAGAACUCUUGCGCUCUCAAAAAUGGCAGAGACUUUAAGUUCACGAGUUGACUGGUAUUCUUUUUCGCACCCAUGGAACGCAGAGGAUGAGAACCUCACGACGGAGCAAACCGACGAGUUGUACAUGUUCCAGAAACAGGAGGGUCUAAGGCUUGAGAAAGAGCAACGUCGUCAAGCAUUCGAAGAGUCGAUCCUGCUACAGAGGAGGAAGUUUGAAGCUGAGGAGCGUUUGAUCCAUUCGGAUAUUAUAUAUCCUUUUAUGUACAAACUCUGGGAUGAGGGAGUUGAAGCAGCUCGACGUGAUACGAUCCCUGCAUAUACCUUCACAAAUUUCCGCCAACUUCCAGUUGAGUUACAACAGAGGAUAUGGUCUAUGACAGCUCGGAGCGAACCACCAAAGCUCCGUAAAAUCUUGUCAAUGCGUUACGAUGUAUCCCAUACUAAUGAGGCUUAUGCCUUCAAGGGCGCAGCAUCCACAGGGUCAAGUCGAAUCGUGCGGGAGAACAACAUGUGGGCGUUUGAGAAGACCCCGGUCACUCUUCGGGUAUGUCGAGAUUCACGCAUGGUUGCCCAACGCAUACACACGUGCAUGAGAUUCUGUGGAACUCGGCAACAUGCACAGGAAUCCGAAGCGUAUUUCAACACCUUAUACGACAAUUUCUACUUCGCCGAAUACCCUUGGAACGAAUACAAAAUCUUGAUCGAUAUCUUGAUCACACAGAACACCACUCGUCCUCUCCAACCUAGAGUCCAGCGAGAUGUGGACAGGUUCUUCAAGAUCCAGCACAUGACCGUCGAUUUUCAUAUAUUUGCAGGCGUGCCUGCCAGUGUCUGGGCGGCCUUUCCGAAGCUGGUCAGGCUUACGAUUGGCAUAUACCCAUACGAUGUGAUCAAUAACCGAGAGGCGAUACCGGAUAGAGACCUUGGAUUUGUGAAGCCCCAGAAAGGCUCUAAAUACGGAAAGCGUGCGGAUUGGGUUUUAGCAGCUGCUUCUGAAGCUCUGAGGGCUGUUGGCAAAGAGCAUCGCCAUUGGAAAAUGCCUGAACUGGAAGUGCUUGUCCGUCAGACUGGUGAUGAAAUUGACGAUCAUGUUGAGGAGCAAUGGACGGAAGACUUGGAAGAAUAUAAACAAGCGGUUGCGUUGGAGGACUCUACUGAACAAGACACGGAAAAUCAUGACGGCUCAAAUAUUUCAGAAAACCAGGACAUUAACCAAGAUAUCAGCGACGAGGGAGAGGAAGACGACGAUUCGGCUAGGCUCGAGCAAGCAGAUGCACGUAUGAAGCAGACUAUCUCCCAGAAAGAAGUCAGCCAACUGAAGCACGAAUACCAUCCAAGUAGAAAGAUUGUUACUAGAGAGUUUAGAUAUGGACCCUGCGAGACGUGGGGAGACCGAGAUAUGGAGAGUUGGGUUUCAGAUAGUGAAACAGAAUGUGGAGGAUCCUACCCUAAUCGUCCCUUUGUCUACAGUCAUGUUCUUGGAGAAUCUUGAUAUUUAGAUGUAACCCUUUGGUUACGGAGAUCUGGAGGGUGUAUCAUUUGGACUUUCAUCAGAACAGAUUCCGUCAUUGAUCUCCCAUACGGUAGAAUAAAAAAGUCUCAUUUAGCUAUCGCAACGGCAAAUGUGGUGAAUUGCAC